CCUACUCCUGAGGGGGCGGGGCUUAAUGGAGCAGGCGGAGCUCCUUGCGCUCAGACCCGCCUUCUCUCCUGGCCGCGAGGGCUGGUGAUCGCGGCGCCUGCGCCUUGAGUUUCUGUCAGUUGCUGGGUAACGGCGUCAGGGAGGAGUUCAGUCUAUCCUACAAGGGCGAAGGGACCCACAACGACAGCAGUCCCCAGAGAACCCCUGCGACUGGGAAUUGAAGUGGAAGUGAGUCUGGAUUUCCUGUGUGUAGUCAAGGAGACGAGCAAACUUCUUGUCCUCAGACGAGAGAGCGUUUCAUAGACUUGCUGGGGUUUGAGGUGCUUCCUGCUUCUGCGGAGAUGCCUCUGAAAGCGCCUCGUAAGCAGAAUGUCCAAGUCUUCUCUACUCUUCCAGUCCUUUAAGGUCCAGAUAUUCCUCGAUUUACAAUAGCACUACAUUCAGAUACACCCAUUAUCAGUGAAAAAUAUCAGUGUCAGCAUGGGCAGAGGAGCCAGAAAGAGAGAUGAAGAUUCAGGAACUGAAGUGGGAGAAGGGGCAGAUGAAUGGACACAGUCCAAAGCCACAGUUAGACCCCCUGAUCAGCUGGACUUGACUGAUGCGGAGUUAAAGGAGGAGUUCACCCGGAUCCUGACAGCCAACAACCCACAUGCACCCCAGAAUAUUGUCAGGUACAGCUUCAAAGAAGGCACAUAUAAACCUAUUGGCUUUGUGAACCAGUUGGCAGUUCACUUCAGCCAGGUUGGGAACCUGAUCCCCAAAGAUUCAGAUGAAGGACGGCGGCAGCACUACCGUGAUGAGAUGGUGGCAGGUCCACAGGAGUCUGCCAGGGUGGUGCUUUCAGAUGCAGGAAACCUUGAUGAAGAUGAAGAGCCCAAGGAACCAGCAAUUGAAGCUGAGAGUCAAAUAGAUAUGGCUAUAGCUGAGGUAGCUGAAAAAGUGGCUGAAGAAGAAUUGAUGACUCAUAAGCAGCCCAAGGACCGAAAGCUUACCAACCAGUUUAACUUCAGUGACAGAGCUUCACAGACCCUUAACCACCCUCUCCGGGAUCGAGAAUGCCAGAUGGAGCCUCCCCCUAGGACAAACUUUUCAGCCACAGCCAAUCAGUGGGAGAUCUAUGAUGCCUAUGUAGAGGAGCUCAAGAAGCAGGAAAAGAUCAAAGAGAAGGAGAAGACAAAGACUCCAGUGGCUAAAAAAACAGGGAAGCUGGCCAUGAGGAAACUGACAUCUAUGGAGUCCCAGAGCGAUGAUAUCACCAAAGUGUCCCAAGCUGCUAAAAUUGUGGAGCGGAUGGUCAACCAGAAUACAUAUGAUGAUGUUGCUCAAGAUUUUAAGUACUAUGAGGAUGCUGCCGACGAAUACCGGGACCAGGAGGGUACACUGCUGCCGCUCUGGAAGUUCCAGAAUGACAAAGCCAAGCGCCUGGCCGUCACUGCCCUCUGCUGGAAUUCAAAGUACAACGAUCUGUUUGCAGUGGGACAUGGCUCCUAUGACUUCAUGAAACAGAGCCGGGGAAUGCUGCUGCUCUACAGCUUGAAGAACCCCAGCUUCCCUGAAUACAUCUUCAGCAGUGACAGUGGCAUCAUGUGUCUCGACAUACAUGUGGACCAUCCCUACCUGGUGGUGGUGGGCCACUAUGACGGCAACGUGGCCGUUUACAACCUCAAGAAACCCCAUUCCCAGCCUUCCUUCCGCAGCUCGGCCAAGUCUGGCAAGCACACGGACCCUGUUUGGCAGGUCAAGUGGCAGAAGGAUGACAUGGACCACAAUCUUAACUUCUUCUCUGUGUCAUCUGAUGGAAGGAUAGUGUCUUGGACACUUGUGAAGAGUGAGCUGGUUCACACAGAUGUCAUCAAGCUAAAGGUGGAAGGAAGCACCACAGAAGUUUCAGAGGGGUUGGAGCUGCACACAGUGGGCUGUGGCACUGCCUUUGACUUCCACAAAGAGAUCGACUACAUGUUCCUAGUGGGCACAGAGGAGGGAAAAAUCUACAAGGUGAAGCAGCACCGCCCACAUCAGCUCCUCAUUGGGCCACUUGGACCUGAGCACUUGGGGAGCUUAAAGUACUUAACAAAUCCUGUUCUGACAGAUCUUAGUGCUCAUCAGUUCUGCAAGGCUUCUUGGUGCUCUAAAUCUUACUCUAGCCAAUUCCUUGACACCUAUGAUGCGCACAACAUGGCAGUAGAUGCUGUGACCUGGAACCCGUACCACACCAAGGUCUUCAUGUCCUGCAGCUCCGACUGGACAGUGAAGAUCUGGGACCACACCAUCAAGACCCCCAUGUUCAUCUAUGACCUGAACUCAGCUGUGGGUGAUGUGUCCUGGGCACCAUACUCCUCCACUGUGUUUGCAGCAGUCACCACAGAUGGGAAGGCCCAUGUGUUUGACUUGGCCAUCAACAAGUAUGAGGCCAUCUGCAACCAGCCCGUGGUAGCCAAAAAGAAAAAUAAGAUCACCCAUGUGCAGUUCAACCCCAUUUAUCCCAUCAUCAUUGUGGGUGAUGACCGUGGGCACAUCACCUGCCUCAAGCUCUCGCCCAACCUGCGCAAGAUGCCAAAGGAAAAGAAAGGGCAGGAAGUGCAGAAGGGUCCAGCAGUGGAGAUCACAAAAUUGGACAAACUGCUGAAUCUGGUGAGGGAAGUGAAAACUAAAACCUGAGGGCCUGGCCUCAGCCCCUGCUCCAUUUGAACCCAGGACUUGCAGCCCCUGGGCUGGAAACCAUGAUGCCUAAGUACUCGGCAUGUGAAUGAAGGCCCUGAUUAGGUCCCAGCAUUUGCUGUUCGCAUCUAUCAGGGUUAUGGGUAUGGUAAUCAUCAUUACCCUGUUACUUUAUAGAAAUAAACCUAUGU